AUCACUGACAAUAAGAAAAAUGAGAGAUAAAGUGGCAUUGUUAGAAAAAUAAGUGCUUUUUAUUGUAAAACAAAUCAAAAUGACUUCCGUGGUUGGUGGCGGUGAUAGCAAUACAAAUUUAAUUAUUUUUGAUAGUUCCAAAAAUGAAAGGAAACUGAAUGAAGAGUUCAAGGUUCUUCAGAGGAAACUGAAGACGAAAUGGAAAUUUAUCGAGAACAGCGAAGUUCUUUCACAAGAAUCGUUAGUAAGUGGAAAAGUUUUAGUCUUGCCAGGCCCUCGAAGUAAAUUUACAGAAUUAGAAAUGAAUUCAAUCAGAAGUUUUAUCAAUUCCGGUGGAAAUGUUCUUGUAAUGCUUGGAGAAGGCGGAGAAAAAAAAUUCAACACAAACAUAAAUUUUCUUCUGGAAGAAUUUGGGAUAAUGGUCAAUAAUGACACUGUUGUAAGAAUGAAUUACAGUCAGACUCUGCAUCCAAAAGAAUGUAUAAUUUCUCAGGGAUUUUCGAAUAAGUCCCUUUUUCUGAAAAAUAGGGACGAGCAAAUAGGAUUAAAAUUUCUUUAUCCAUAUGGAGCAACUUUGAACGUAGCUUCUCCAUCUGGAGUAGCACUUUCCAGUGGAUCGAUUGCAAUUCCUACAAAUAGACCAGUCUGUGCUUAUUAUUCCUCAAAAACCAAUUCUGGAAAAUUGGUGGUUCUCGGAUCCUCGAGAAUGUUUACUGACGCUUAUUUAGAAAAAGAAAAAAAUGAUUCCCUUCGGGAAAUGAUUUUUGAAUUUUUCGAUUCAGAGGCCGUUUCCACAACUGAUAUUCACCACGAAGAUGUUGAUUACUGGGAAUAUAAUUUCGUACCAGAUAUAACUCAGAGAGCAGAUGAGCCAAAAGUUUGCACUCAAGAUUUGGAAAAUAUCGACAUGCCUCGAGAAUAUACAAAAUUAUUUAAAAGAAGUUUUUAUUCUGUCAAUUUAAAUAUGGUACCGGCUGCUAUCAAAGCGUACGAAGUUCUGAAUGUAAUUCACGAGCCUUUGAGUUUGAUUGCUCCAAAUUUUGAAACUCCCCUGCCACCCACUCAAGCAUCGGUUUUUCCACCCAGUUUCCAGGAACUUCCGCCGCCAGCUUUGGAACUUUUUGAUUUAGAUGAAGCUUUUAGUUCCGAUUUCUUGAAACUCUCUCAACUGACAAAUAAAUACAUGGCAACGAAGGAUCCUCUUGAUGAAAAAGAACUCGAUUAUUACAUUCGCGAAUUUGGCGGAAUUGUGAGAAUUUCCAAUUCGGAAAAAAUGACUGCAAAGGAAGUUUUAAAUCACGUUUUUCUCAAGUUGUGCAGCUACAAAACAAUGCAUAGUUAA